AGGACAUCACGUACUUAUUCUCUUCUUUGUCCUCCGUAGUGCCAUUCUUUCAGCGCCAUCUUUCGAUUGGUUUUCUGCUCAAGCAUUGAGUUUGGAUCAACGUUGUGACCAUCUCGAGGCGAACAUGGCACAACGAAGAUUGACAGAAACAUUUAUUGUCCAGGACGACACAUCGUACGAAGCAAAGCCGAACGUCGGGAUGGCCAACGUCGUCGUCGUCGACUCAGCUUCCAACAAGUUCACUGUGAUACCCGAUAUCGCCCCGGAGCUUGUUGAAGGCCUCGGAAAUUCCGGCCCUCUGCUGACAGAUGUUCCUGCCGAAUCGAGUUUUGUGAACCAUUCUGUCUCGCGGAGAAGUAGAGGAAGACCCAGAGGCUCCAAAAAUAGACCCAGGCCUCCGCCAUCUGUCACGAGUUCCUCGUUCUUCCGUAGCGACGCUCGCAACAGCUGCAAGUUCCACUCAUUGACCAUAGAGCGCGGCUGCCCUGUGAUCCAGUCUAUCAUCCGACAAACAAGCGCCUUUCUCCACAUUGGCGGCACUGUGUACGUGGUUGGGGCACAGGGCAUGGUUGCCCAGGUGACUCUCGAAAACUCCGAACAGAACAGGCGAACGCUGUUGGGAAACUACAACAUUGUGUCCUUUUCGGGUCUUUUGAACGGGGCCAGCAAACUGCAGUUUGCACUGGUUCUCAACGGCGUUACCCUCGAGCCUUGUUGCGGAACUGUGUUCGGAGAUUUCCAACCGCUGAGUACAUACAUCACAGUCCACACGGUUUGGUUCCUCGGCGCUGGUCCUCUGGACCGCGCCUAGAUUUAGAUCUGAGAUACAUGGCCUGAGAAAGGCAGGGGACAAGUGUGUGUCCCGUACAAGUUCUCUCAACUUCAGAGAGUAGAAUAAAAUAGGUGGACAUUAUGUUCUUGGAGUAAGAUUUAUCUUAUCUUCUCUAAAGACUUCAUACUUAUACUGGAGGGCGAACCCAAACCUCAA